CCGGGCCCUCGGGGCUUGGGAUGGCGGCGUCGCGGCCCGGGCGCGGUGGGGACCGGCUCCCGACACCCGGUCGGAGGCGGCUCCUAGGGUCUCCGGCGCGCCCCGGAGGCGGGGCUGGCCGGCGAGUCGGGAUCGGCCGGGCCGGGUCACCGGGGAAGGGCUGUCCGGGGCGAGCUGAAGGGAAUCGGGUGUUGGGGCGCCCAGGAGCAGCGGCGAGCUCGAGGGGAAAGCUGGAGUCCGCGGGGCCGCCGGGCCUGAAAAUGGUGCCGAGGAGCUGGUGCUCCCCGGACUCUGGCUGGGUCCCAGGAACCUCGGAGUGGGGGGCAGGGAGCGGCGGGUCGGGUUACGGCGGGGGGAGGGGAGCGGCUGACCUGGUGCGACCGGCGCCGCGACCCGCCGGGUGUCCAGCCCCCGGCCCCAGUGGUCCCUUUUCCAUUUCUCGUGGCUUUCCUCCACCACCUCCUCCUCUAGCUGCUGCUGCUGUAGCGCUUGGCUCCGAAGGCUGUGAGCAGAAAUCUAAUGAGACCCAACUGGCUGUUUAUGUAAUUCUUCAUGCUCCCGUCUUUAAGGCGUUGCUUUGAAACUACCUUUCACCGAGCCUGAAUUUCGCUCGACUGCACCUUCACGCAAUUUGGCUUAAUCAGCUGCCUUUGCCAGCACACGAGCUUGGAAAGUGUUUGUGGUUUCGGGGCAGCCUGGGAUUCUUUUCCCUUUAUCACCACGAGUAUGGAAAAUGAAACAGAUGGGUUAAUACCAACUUGAUUUUUUUUAAUGUCCUUUUAAAUCAACCUAAGUGUACAGAUAGAUCCCUUUUGCAAAUAUCUUGUUUGCCCUUGAUCUUUUCUUAUCCCCACCCAGUGCUGAUCCAGCAAACGUUUAAAGGUCGACCUUAUCGUACAUGCCUCUUCGGCUGUUCUCUUAUCGUGAGAGAGGGAGUUGUUUUUGAAAAUCAGAAUAAAACUCAGAACCCCUACCCUUUAAACAGAAAAAUCAGUAGAGUUUGAAGUUAGUUGUUUCUUUUGUUAUACUUGAUGAACAAGAAGUAUUUUCAGAUUUAGAAAAAUACACAUUAAAUAGUAUAGAGAAAAGGUUGUAUCAUGUACUUUGAAAAUUUUCCUUACGUCUCACAUUUUGGGAUUGUUUGAUAAUAAAGCAGAUUUAAGCAGUAUAUGUCCAAAAUUAACUGAAAUACAGAAUUCAUUUCUAAGCUAGUGAAUAGGAGUAUGACCAACGUUUAAAACAAGCAUAUACAGGUAUAUAGACAGAUGUGCUUAGUAUGGUUUCCAAUAAAUAUUCUUUGAGAACUGCAAGAAGAAAAAGAAGGAAUAUGCUGUAUAUUCUGAAAGUGUUUUUCCUCUUAGAACUCUAUUCAGAAACAAAGUAAAUAAUAGGGUUUUGUUUUGCACAUUUUAAACUGUAGAUCUUGUUUUCCCGAGAUUUUGGUCUUCAGUAGACAAUUUUCUAUUGGAACAAGACUGCUUGAGGUGAAGGAUAUCUACUAAUACCAGCACUUUGAAUGAAAAUUUGUUUUUCUGCCACAAACUGAACUUUUUUGUGUGUGUCUAGGGGGGAGUUGAAACAAACCUAAUUUUGUGGCGUAGCAGCUAUGCAGCUUGAAAUCCAAGUAGCACUAAAUUUUAUUAUUUCAUAUCUGUAUAAUAAGCUUCCCAGAAGACGUGUCAACAUUUUUGGUGAAGAGCUUGAAAGACUUCUUAAGAAGAAAUAUGAAGGGCACUGGUAUCCUGAAAAGCCAUACAAAGGAUCAGGGUUUAGAUGUAUACAUGUAGGGGAGAAAGUGGACCCAGUGAUUGAACAAGCAUCCAAAGAGAGCGGUUUGGACAUUGAUGAUGUGCGUGGCAAUCUGCCACAGGAUCUUAGUGUUUGGAUCGACCCGUUUGAGGUUUCCUACCAAAUUGGUGAAAAGGGACCAGUGAAGGUGCUUUAUGUGGAUGAUAAUAAUGAAAAUGGAUGCGAGUUGGAUAAGGAGAUCAAAAACAGCUUUAACCCAGAGGCCCAGGUUUUUAUGCCCGUAAGUGACCCAGCCUCAUCAGUGUCCAGCUCUCCAUCGCCUCCCUUUGGUCACUCUGCUGCUGUAAGCCCUACCUUCAUGCCCCGGUCCACUCAGCCUUUAACCUUUACUACUGCCACUUUCGCUGCCACCAAGUUUGGCUCUACCAAAAUGAAGAAUAGUGGCCGCAGCAACAAGGUUGCACGUACUUCUCCUAUUAACCUCGGCUUGAAUGUGAAUGACCUCUUGAAGCAGAAAGCCAUCUCUUCCUCAAUGCACUCUCUGUAUGGGCUUGGCCUGGGUAACCAGCAGCAGCCGCCGCAACAGCAGCAGCCAUCUCAGCCACCACCACCACCGCAGCAGCAGCAAAAAACCUCUGCUCUCUCUCCUAAUGCCAAGGAAUUUAUCUUUCCUAAUAUGCAGGGUCAAGGUAGUACCAAUGGAAUGUUCCCAGGUGACAGCCCCCUUAACCUCAGUCCUCUCCAGUACAGUAAUGCCUUUGAUGUAUUUGCGGCCUAUGGAGGCCUCAACGAGAAGUCUUUUGUAGAUGGCUUGAAUUUUAGCUUAAAUAACAUGCAGUAUUCUAACCAGCAAUUCCAGCCUGUUAUGGCUAACUAAAAAAAGAAAAAAAUGUACAAGUUAAAAUGGUUGGGCCCAAGGGGGAUUUUUUUUUUAAUAACCUCCUUGAGUUUUUUUUUUUUUUUUUUUUUUUUAAAGCUUAUAGUAAGGAUACAUUCAAGCUUGGUUACAAAAAUAAAACAUGCAUCAUUUUUCAUUGCCAACCAAGCACAAAGUUAUUUUAUACUGACUGUAUAUUUUAAAGUAUACUCUCAGAUAUGGCCUCUUACAGUAUUUAAGAUAUAGCAAGGACAUGGCUGAUUUUUUUUUUUAUAAAAAAUUGGCACUAAUAAGUGGGUUUAUUGGUCUUUUCUAAUUGUAUAAUUUAAUUUAGUACAAAGUUUGUAAAAUAUCAGAGGAUAUAUAUAUUGUUUCUACGACAUGGUAUUGCAUUUAUAUCUUUUUACUACAGUGAUCUGUGACAGCAGCUUCAUGUUGUAUUUUUUUUACUGAAAUUGUAAAAUAUCCAUCUCAAAGACAUCACCUAUUCUAAAAAUUGUGUACAGGAUACUCCUUUAGUGGUGGAAUUAAAAUGUACGAAUAUUUGCUUUUUCAAAAAAAAGUAUUUUCUGUUAAAGGUUUAAAAAUUUUUGCUAUAUAUUAUGGAAGAAAAUGUAAUCGUAAAUAUUAAUUUUGUACCUAUAUUGUGCAAUACUUGAAAAAAUGGUAUAAAAGUAUUUUGAGUCAGUGUCUUACAUGUUAAGAGGGACUGAAAUAGUUUAUAUUAAGUUUGUAUUAAAAUUCUUUAAAAUUAAAAA